AUGAGUGCUUCGGAGUUCCUCGCCAGCAGCUUGGAGAAGUUUGACGUGAACCUCGGUACUUGGGCCGACAUCUCGGACCGGGCGUCUAGUGGCGUUCGAACGCCAUACGGUUUCUUAGACUUGAGCAUCAUCCCCGUUACGUACGGCACCGUUCGUAGCCCGAGUUUCUGGGAGAAGUUCAAGGCUUUCAGCAUUCCGCUGGAAGGACCUCUUUGGGGCCUCUUCUUCGUCAUCGCGUUCUUGACAUCCAUUGCCUACUUCUUCCUGGAGGGGGACGAAUCGGGCGAUGAGUGGCAUGCAGAGGAUCCGGAUGGAUACAAGAUUGAGCAGAGCAUCGUGAUGGGCUUGUCAACCCUGGCGCAGGCUGGGACUUUCACUCCGCGUACGAUCGCGGGGAAGGUCUUGAUGUUGACCUUCGCAUUAUUCGUCAUGAUUCUCUUGGCUGCGUACACAGCCAAUCUCGCGGCAGUACUAGUGGCAGCGGAUGAGGUCAGCGCGUGCGAAACUUUAGAACAGUGCACGCAGGGGAGAAAUAUGUUGUGCGUAACUGAAGGCAUCCACGUGGAUCACCUGAAGGAAACUCACAAUAAGCUGUACACGCACAACAUGUUAGUGGCUCGCGACGACGCCGUCAAAAUGAACAACUUACUUGAUGGCAAGUGUGCUGCUGCCCUUUGUGAGGUUGACGAAUACCGUCUGGCCAAGGAAGACGAGCAGCUAAACCCUGGCUGCACGUUGCCAUCGGUCGGCGAAUUUCCUCUGGCGACUUUCAAAGGUGGCUGGAUGGUUAAGAGUAACGAUGCGACCGAAAAGUGCACUGCACUUCUAAGGGAUGCCCUCGCCGAUCUUUUCCUCGAGCUGGAAGAAGACGGUCAGAUCGUGGACAUGAUAGUAAAAUUAUACGGAGAGUCCAUGGUGCAAGGAUGCGACGAGAAUGGCAAUCCAGACUUUGAGUUUUCUGAGACGGACAGUUUCCCGAUCGAGAGCAUGCUUGGGCCUGGUUUUAUCCACUUCUUUGGCGUCAUCGUCGCGUUUAUAUUCUAUUUCUGCCGCAAAGCAGAGAAUUUAGGGAACCCUGUGGCGAAUCAGAUCCCCAAUGACGCGUGCAGUGAUCUUCGCCUGCUGAACGGCGUGGACGCCCGUGGCAUUAGCUCGCUGAAAACCCAGCCCGGCCCUCCCGGCAUCCCGGAGCUGGUGGCGCUGCUGCGGCAGCAGGCCGAGGAGGCCCACGAGAGCAACAGCGUGCUGGUGGCGGCCAUGAAGGCGCAGCAGGAGCAGUACCAGAGGGUGUUCGACGAGAUGCAGAAGGGGGAGUGA